AUGAAACCUGUAGAAGAAGAGGUCUUCAUUCCAAGGAAAGGAGAAGCUCAAGACGUCGACGUAAGCAAAUGGAUGGAAAUAAUAAAGAAUCCUUCGUUGUUGAAAAGCACUCUAAACAAAGUCUACAAAAGGAUAUUUAAUGGGGAGAGCGAGUUAGCCGAAACAUUGAAAAUCUUUGUGCUCGAAGAAAGAAACAUCAGCAUGUCAGAUGAAAUCGAAAUAGAAAGAGACAGGCCAGGACAGUUUGCAUUCAAGUUGAAGUGUGCAAUAUUGAACGGAGUUCGAGUUGACAGAGAGCUUCUUGCUAGAGGUGAGGCAAUUGCUUCUCUUCAAGACAAAUGGACUGCUACUGAUGAGGAAGGCGUGGAUUGGGUUUGGGGAAGACUCAGAACCGAACGAACCAAGUUCAAGAGAAGCAAUCCAAAAAAGUCGAAAAAUUCACUGAUGAAGAAAAUUCGUAAAGAUGCAAAAAAAGAUGUCACCGUUUGGGCACAAAAAGCUAUCUCUAAGUCGUUCCAAAAUCGUUCCAACCCAACCAAUAAUCUUCUUAUCUAA